AUGGAGCCCAAAUGUACACAGCCCAUCCAUCACUCCUGGCCCACUCCCCUCAAAAGAAAAUGAACUGCGGUCCACCUGGUCCUCCGCCCCGGCCGGCGUCCACUCGCCGCCGUCGAGCCGGAGCCCCAACGCCUCAAGAGUCAAAGAUGGUAACCAGUCCUCGGCGCGCUUCACCUUCCCAGCUCCGCUCUCCUGGAAGGGGGUGGGCACACUCACUAACCAGGGCUCCUGAUCCCGAUUUGUGUUAGUUCAACUUCAACCGCGUGUGACGGAAGGAUUGCUCCGCGAAUCGGGGACCAAUCGGUUGUGGAGGCCCCUGUCUAAGAAUCAUAUGUCGCCUGUGUAGGCAUCGGCUGCAGCUUUGCCCUCAAUUUGGAUGUCGGAGAAUGUGUUGCUGUGUGCCUUCGGCCCUUCACAUCAACCAAGGAAUCAAGAUAUCUAAAAAGAGGCUUUCUGGUUGUUUCACUCCACGUCAGAUUCUCUUAUCAAGAUGUGAUGCUGAUUGAAGGGGUGAAGGGCACUUGCCGGACCAAUCAUUGAGUGAAUCUAUUUCACCACUUCUUUACAUGGUCCAGUGAUUUGUGAGAGUAAUUGCUUGUAAUUUGUGAGAGCCAUGGUCUGUAACUGCUGAAAGGAACUGUUGAAGUCAUUUUCUUUGUCGAACUUUAAAUAGGAAUCUCUUAGCACAAUUCUAAUUCUCCACCAUUGUCUUUGACCUUACUGCUACAUUGUAUCUAUCAGACAGCAUAUUCAUUCCUACAAAUGCUAGGAUAAGUCAUCAAUUUAGAUUUAACAAUAGUACGCCCUUUGAUUGUAAACCGACAACAUCAUAUUAGGCAUGAUAAUAGAUAAACCAUUUUUUUUGUGAUAGUUCUUUUGCCUCUUUACAUUUGUAGCAGACACGUAACCUAGACGCACGAUUUUGUGUAAAAAUUGCCUCACUAACCACUGAAAGAAAAAUGCUAUUUUGGUUCACCAGUCACCACCCGACAACUGUCAUUUACUUCUGUCUUUCUGAUUUGAGUUUGACCCUUCCAAUUCUUGAUUGAUCAGGACAGUAUUUUAUCAAAUUCUGUGAUAUAUUCAGGUUUAUCUGUUUUUCCUCCUUGCAACGGGGAGACUUGACUAACUUAUGAAACUUUCCAAUUUAGAUAUUUCAUUGGGCUAUCCCACACUCAAGUAAUUACUUCAAAGGAGUUAAUAUAUUCUUCUUCUCAAAUAGAGGAAUAUAAACCUCUUUUGGUAGCUGUAACCUGGCCCUCCUCCAUUCCUUUGCAUUAUCUUCCAUGAAAAACAGCUCAUAAACAUCAGAGUGUGUAUGGAGCUCAAAGCUAGAGUUGAUGAAUUAAGUAAUACUUGAGCAAUUUGUCAGGAGAAGUAAAACAAAAUGGCAACCUUCUUAGUCAUCGAUCUGCAUUGUUCAAAUAGCAGCUGUUCCGCAGGCCAUAUGUGCAAAACAUGCACCUCAAAGGAGCAUCAGAAAUGCCACUGUUUAAGUCACUGUCCAAAAUGUGGAUAGACGUUCCACAUCUUGUGUACGUGGCAUGCUAAUAUUUGCUGUGCAUACUUUGAAAUAUAUUCACCUUCAUCUAUGUUGUAUGAUAGUAGCAACCUCCUCAGCUAUAUAAGUGAACAUCAUGUCCAACUUUUUACAAGCAAAGUGAUCAACCAGUUGUGUAUGCAUUUUGUGCCUACUCUACCUUGAAGACAUUCAUUUGCCUUCCCAUCAUUCAACACUUGUAAAUGGAGUGUUAUAAUUUACAACUCCAGGCAGCAUGCUUGAAAAGGAGCCUCUUUGAUCAGGGAUACUUGGAUGAGCAAUUUUGUCAGAUUGAGGACUUGCAGGAUGAAGCAAGUCCUAAUUUUACAGAAGAAGUUGUUUCCUUGUUCUUCAAGGACUCAGCCAGGCUAAUGACAAAUAUUGAGCAAGCUAUGGAGAAGAACCCCAGAGAUUCCAAUAGAUGGGAUGCACACAUGCAGCAAUUAAAAGGAAGCUGUUCUAGCAUUGGUGCUUCCAGGAUGAAGAAUGAGUGCACAUCAUUCAGGAAUAGCUGUGAAGACGAGAAUGCUGAAGGCUGCAUGAGGUCUUUCCAAAAGGUGAAGAGGGAGCAUGGUGUCCUCAGGCAGGAGCUGGAAUCCUAUUUCCAGCUGCUCCGACAAGCCGGUCCUGCUGAGACUUCAACCAGGCCUGGGGGCGCAUAAGGAACUGGCUGCUGGCGUGAUGGCUUCCAGGGCAGGCGCUCCACCACGUGGUCGUUGCACACCAGCAGUAAAAAGGCGGGCCACGAAUAAGAAUUUUUCCAGAUCCCUAUGGGGGGAAUCCUCUAAGCUACUACAAGAUUUUAACUGUAUAUCCUACAAAAAUCCAGGCUCUCGAGAAGCCAGAUAGUCCCUUAAGCUGGUGUUUACUGACUAGUUAGGCCUGGCAAAUAAGAGCAACCUUUUGGCGCCCCCCACGGCGAUAUAGCUUGACGGACCAUCAGGUGUGCCAUGUCUGCCUCUCUGUCUCUAUAAUAAGCAGUUAAGUAUACAUGGUCAAAUAAACUCGAUGGAGUUUGCAGUUUGCAUCACGAGACCUUUGCUUGGA